AUGGCAUCUUUUUUUUCUGAUUUUGGUCUUAUGUGGUACUUGGAAGAGCUAAACAAGAAAGAAUUCAUGAAGUUUAAGGAAUUCCUCAAACAGGAGAUUUUGCAUCUGGGGCUGAAACAGAUUUCUUGGACCGAAGUGAAGAAGGCGUCUCGGGAAGACCUUGCCAACUUACUGUUGAAACAUUAUGAGGAGAAGCAAGCCUGGGAUAUGACCCUCAGAAUCUUCCAGAAGAUGAAUAGGAAGGAUCUCAUUGAGAAGGCAGGAAGAGAGAUUGCUGGACACUCAAAGUUAUAUCAAGCUCAUCUGAAGGAGAAGCUCACCCGUGGUUAUGUCAGAAAGUUUAACGUCAAACUUCAAGAUUUCUUUAAGCAGAAAUUUACCCAGGAUGACUGUGAGCGUUUUGAGAACCUUCUUAUACCAAAGGCAACUGGGAAGAAGCCACACAUGGUGUUCCUGCAAGGAGUGGCAGGAGUUGGCAAGUCACUGAUGUUGACAAAGUUAAUGCUUGCCUGGUCAGAAGGCGCGGUGUUUCAGAACAAAUUCUCCUACAUCUUCUACUUCUGCUGUCAAGAGGUGAAGAAGUUGAAGAGAGCAAGCCUGGCACAAUUGAUCUCCACAGAGUGGCCUACUGCCUCAGCUCCCAUAGAGGAGAUCCUGUCCCAACCCGAGAAAGUCUUAUUGAUCUUCGACAGCUUGGAAGCGAUGGAAUGUGACAUGUCCGAACGGGAAUCGGAGCUGUGUGAUAACUGCACCGAGAAGCAGCCAGUGAGUGUCCUGCUGAGCAGUUUGCUCAGGAGGAAGAUGCUCCCCGAAUGCUCUUUCCUCAUCUCUGCUACCCCAGAGACCUUUGAGAAAAUGGAGGACAGGAUUGAGUGCACAAAUGUGAAAAUAAUAACAGGAUUCAAGGAGAGCAAUAUUAAAAUGUAUUUCCGUAGCUUGUUUCAAGAUAAGAACAGAGCCCAGGAAAUCUUCAGUCUGGUGAGAGGAAACGAGCAGCUGUUCACUGUUUGUCAGGUCCCUGUGCUCUGCUGGAUGGUGGCUACUUGUCUAAAAAGAGAGAUAGAGAAGGGAAGAGACCCAGCCUCCAUCUGCCGACGUGCCACCUCCCUGUACACCACUCACAUCUUCAAUGUGUUCAUUCCUCAGUGUGCCCAUUCUCCAAGUAAGAAAGGCCAAGACCAGCUGCAGGGCUUGUGUUCUCUGGCCGCCGAGGGCAUGUGGACCGACACAUUCGUGUUUGGUGAGGAGGCUCUCAGGAGAAAUGGGAUCAUGGACUCUGACAUCCCCACACUGCUAGACAUAAGGAUCCUUGAAAAGAGGAAGGAAUCUGAAAACUCUUACACUUUUUUCCACCCAUCUGUCCAGGAGGUCUGUGCAGCCAUCUUUUAUCUGAUAAAGAGCCCCGUGGACCACCCUAGCCAGGACGUUAAAAGUAUAGAGACCCUCAUGUUCACAUUUCUAAGGAAAGUCAAAGUCCAGUGGAUUUUUUUGGGCUGUUUCAUCUUUGGCCUUUUACAUGAAUCAGAACAAAAAAAGCUAGAGGCGUUUUUUGGCCACCAGUUGUCCCAGGAAAUAAAGCAUCAGUUGUAUCAGUGCCUGGAAACCAUAAGAGGCAAUGAAGAGCUUCAAGGACAGAUAGAUGGCUUGAAGUUGUUUUCCUGUCUGUUUGAGAUGGACGAUGAAGCCUUCUUAGUACAAGCAAUGAACUGCAUGGAACAGAUUCACUUUGUGGCUAAGGAUCAUUCUGAUGUUGCUGUUGCUGCCUACUGCUUAAAACGCUGUUCUACACUGAAGAAACUGUCCUUUUCCACCCAAAAUGUCCUGAGUGAAGAACAAGAUCACAGCUACACGGAAAAGCUACUCAUCUGUUGGCAUCAUAUGUGCUCUGUGCUCAUAAGCAGUAAGGACAUCCAUGUACUCCAAAUGAAAGACACUAAUCUCAAUGAAACAGCCUUUUUGGUCUUGUAUAAUCAUCUGAAGUACCUCAGCUGCACCCUUAAAGUACUUGCGGUAAACAAUGUGACCUUCCUAUGUGAUAACCACCUGUUCUUUGAGUUGAUUCAGAGCCAGUGUUUGCAGCACUUGAAUCUCAGCCUCACAUUCCUGUCCCACAGUGAUGUGAAAAUGUUGUGUGAUGUCUUGAACCAGGCAGAGUGCAACAUAGAAAAGCUGAUGUUAGCAGCCUGUAACCUUUCACCUGAUGACUGCAAGGUAUUUGCCUCCGUCCUGAUCAGCAGCAAGAUGUUGAAGCAUCUUAAUUUGUCAUCUAACAACUUGGACAAAGGGAUAUCCCCUCUGUACAAGGCUUUGUGCCACCCAGACUGCAUUCUGAAGCACUUAGUGUUGGCCAACUGCUCUCUCAGUGAGCAGUGUUGGGACUACCUUUCAGAAAUUCUUAGGCGGAACAAAACCCUGAACCACCUAGACAUCAGCUCCAAUGACCUGAAAGAUGAAGGACUGAAGGUUCUCUGUAGAGCUCUCACCCUCCCAGACAGUGUCCUGACCUCACUAAGUGUGAGAUAUUGUCUUAUCACCACCAGUGGAUGCCAGGACCUGGCUGAAGUCUUGAGUAACAACCAGAACCUGAGGAGCCUACAGAUUUCAAACAAUAAGAUAGAAGAUGCUGGUGUGAAGCUCCUGUGUGAUGCUAUAAAACAUCCCAACUGCCACUUAGAGAAUAUUGGAUUGGAAGCCUGUGCACUAACUGGUGCCUGCUGUGAGGACCUUGCUUCUACGUUUACCCACUGUAACACCCUGUGGGGGAUCAGCCUGCUGGAGAACGCCUUGGACCACAGUGGGUUGGUUGUGCUGUUUGAGGCUCUGAAACAGCAACAGUGUACCCUGCAUGUCCUUGGACUUCGAAUUACUGACUUUGAUAAGGAAACCCAAGAGUUCCUGAUUGCUGAGGAAGAGAAAAACCCGUACUUGAGCAUCCUAAGCAGCGUGUAA